AGUCAUUUUGUUUGGGUUUUGUAUUUUAUUUAUUUUAUUUCUUCCUCCUCCAACUCAUCCUCAUACAUGGCUUCCACUUCUUCAUCUGAUCAGUCUCUUUCCAUCAAUUCCCAUCUAACCUCACCUUUAUUGACGUCAUCCAUGCUUUCACGCACGUCAUCUUCUUCCUCCGCCGUCGGAGACUAUAUAGGGACAGAGAGCUGCUUUGACGUCCUCUCCGCCGAUGAAGAAAACGACGUUGUCUCCCCGCAGGAGCCUUUGAACCGGUUUCGUUAUGGAGGAAGGAGGAGAGAGGAAAGAGAAGCCAGAGCGGCGGCGGCGCGUGAGUUUCCUCCGUCGAUACCGUUGCUUGCUCAGACGGAGAAUCUUCUCCCGCACAUGCCGUGGGUUCUGAAGCGUGUGGUGACGAGCGACGGGAGGCUUAUCCUUAGAGAAGAGAAGGUUCGUCAUCACGAGUAUUUCCGUGCGCAUAGAUCCAAUGGCCGUCUCACUCUCCACCUUGUUCCUCUUGACGACGACGUUUUCGAACUUCCUCAAGAGCCCUCUCAUUACCCACCUGAUGAUGUUGAAGAGCAUGAUCAUGAUGAUGAUGAUCACGAGUGUAAUGGUGAUGAUGUUGAUGAUCAUCACGAGGUGAGAGAUGGUCUGGCGGAUAAUGUUGACAAGAGUGUUAUUAUUACUGUCCGUGAUGAUGAGGAUGGUGUUGUCCGCAAUUACGAUGAUGGUAAGGACAAUGUGCAUGGUGGUAGUGAAGAAGAAUAUAGGAGAGCGACAUUAGCGGCGGUGGUGGAGGAGACGGCGGUGGAGAGCGGAGGGAUGGUUGGAGGAGGUGGAGGAUCGCCAAGAGGAAAGUGUUUGAAGUCAUGUUUUGUUGGUAUAAGACCUCAAGAGAUCAGACCAGUCCUCAGUUGAUUAAUUAUUGUUAAUUAGUCUUUUUUUGCGGAAAACAAAUAUUACUGUCGCAGAAAGUUUAAAGAAACAACCGGCUUAGAUUAGAGUAUGAAUUUGAGAGGGUUUUCUCAAAAAAUAAUUAAUUUGUUUCGUGUUUUGUAAUUUUCAGAGUGUAAUCUAUCUUCUUUGAGGAUUUUGUAGGUUAUUUAAACAUCUUUUUAGUGGGUUAAUAGUUUUGUCGGCACGUGAGUGAUGUUCUUUUUGUAAGUUUGAGUUUAUCUGGCCGGGUGGAUAGUGAAUACUAUGAGAAAGAGAUACACUUGUAAGAGAAAAUAUUUCAAAUUCGAAUCGUAAUCUCCUUUAGAGGAUAUUAAGGAUACUAGAUCCUUUCUCCGCGCUAUGCGCGGAUAAUAUAUUUAAAUUUUUUAUAUUUAUCAUUUUUAUUUGUAUGUGAAUUUUGGUAUAUUAAAUUAUAUAUAACUAAUUUUUAACUUUGAUUUUUUAUAUAUUUUUAGUUUGAAGUAAGUAUUUAUAUUAUAUGGAACACAAUUAACUAAUAAAAUAUGAAGAAUCAAGUCUGAGAUUUUAGAGUUAUGUAAAAAAAAAAGAAUUAUGUAUAGAACAUAAAUUAUCUUAGUUUAAAAGAUCGGAAUCUCAUCUCGAGUAAAUUCACGAAAAGAAAACGUACUCCAAUAAUCUACUUAAAAUAUAAAACCCCUUUUUCAAAAAAAAAGUGUACUUAAUAAUAUUUUUUUAUGUGUAAUAGUUGAAACUAACAAUUGAAUAUCAAUCUAGAAUCUCAUUUUAAUAAAUCUAAUGGUAAAAUGUUAAUUGUAAUAAAAAAAAUUUAAUUUUGUAAUAUUACAUGAAUUAGAAGUCUUUAAAAUCUAAAUCUAUUUUAUUAACAUAAUAUAUUUUUUAUUCAUUUAUUAUUUUGACGUUACAAAAUAUUGCUUUAGUUUUAUUUGUAUAUUAAUUUUUUAAUAAUUUAGUUUCUUUUUAAGUAAUUUUAAAAUUAUCAAGAAUAUAAUAUAUUUAAAAUUAUUUAUUUAAAUUUAUCCAAAUAUUAUGUCUCAUUUUUAUGUGUGUUUGCGUUGAGCAUAUUUAAUUUGUAGUUUGUAUAUUUAAUAACACCUUGUUGCGUGCCGUUCUAUGGUUUUAAUAAAUGUGUUGUCAUUUCAUUUUUAUUACUACUAACAUGUUUUUUAGUGAUCAGUGAUAAUGUAUUUUUAAUGUUAUGUGUUAUAUUUUAUUGUAUAUUUUCUAACUCUUCAUGCUGACACUUUUUUUAGAAUCAUUUUAAUUAGAUAAUAGGUUUAAAGAUGUAAAUAAAAUUGUGUAUGUUGUAAAUUUAGACUUUUUAGUGUAACUGAGCACUAUCAAUUAUGGAAAUUAUAUUAUGAUUUUAUUUUACUAAAUCUUUCUUUAUGUGUAUAUUUUUUGUUUUAUUUUGUAUUUUUACAAUUUUAUUGCCUUAUUCUUUGAUUGCAGAAAUUUGUUAGUUCCAAUUUUUGUUUCAUAUACCUUAAAAGUCUUAGGUUGAUUUUUGUUUGUUUUCUUUUUCCAAUUACAAUUACAAUGUACAGUUUGAUGAUGUAUAAACAUUAGAGAAGUAGCUUUACACAUAGCCUAAUUGCUCACUAUAUGUGGCUUUACAAAAUUAGCUCACACAUAGCUUUACACCAAAAAGAACCAAAAGAGUGUACAUAAAAAGUGAAGUCAGCGAUUAGCGAAAAACCUGAACCAGAAUUCCAUUAAGAAACUCAUUAUAGCCGUAAUAAGAACCAAUAUCAGCCUUAACUGAACACAUAAAAAUAAUAUCAAGCAAUAAAACAAAGGCUAGUUCCUUAGAAAGAAUCUUUAAAAGAAACAAAACUUGAAAAAAAAUUUCUCACUCUCUUUUAUACUCGUUUGCAACUUGCAAGAUAGGAAGAUCUGGUGGCCCACUUGACUCUUCUUCAAGUUCCUGGAAAAAUAGAUCAAUAACAAUGAUAAGACACCUAAACUUAUAAUGCUCCAUUGAUCUUUUCAACAUAAACCAACCAACAAUUGCAAAAUAAAAAUGUUAAAAAAGGAAUGAAUUUGAUUUGUAAAAUUCCAAAAGAUUGAACCUUUUUGGUUGGUAGACGAAACUCGUCAGGUUGUUCCUUUAUGUUCAUAUGUAGUUCAUCUUUUGCAUCUUGCUCCUGCCUUUUACGUUCUUCAUCAAUAGCUUUACUUUUACCAGAUCCUGUCAUUGCGAGAUCAGAUCCAUCAGAGUCAGAAUCAGAAUCCAAAGGUUCCUCUUCAUCAUCGCUACCAUCGAGAAAGUCUUCGGCCAAUGGCUCUGUGUCCUCCUCCUCGUGAAAUUAAGAGAGAAGACGAAGUGGUAGAGAAGAAGAGCUUCGUAACUUCCGCGUAUUGAGAUUGUUAGGUUUCUAGAUUUAGGUAAAUGAAAAACAAAGCCCAA